AGCAAGGGGCGGGGCUCGGCCUCUGGGAACUGCUGCUCCCCGUCUCUCUCCCGUGUUGGUCGGCUGCGAAGGCAUUGGACGGCGGGGGCUCCUCAGCGCUGCUCCCAGAAGGGGGUCUGGAACCAUGGCGAUGACUGGCCCAGCACCUUGUUCAUCUAUGAGCAACCACACCAAGGAGCGAGUUACAAUGACAAAGGUGACAUUAGAAAACUUCUACAGUAAUCUGAUUGCACAGCAUGAGGAACGAGAAAUGAGACAGAAGAAGUUAGAAAAAGUUAUGGAAGAAGAAGGCUUAAAAGAUGAAGAGAAAAGAAUGAGGAGAUCAGCACAUGCCCGAAAGGAAACAGAGUUUCUGCGCCUAAAAAGAACAAGGCUUGGGUUGGAAGACUUUGAAUCUUUAAAAGUAAUAGGCCGAGGAGCAUUUGGAGAGGUUCGGCUUGUUCAGAAGAAAGAUACAGGGCAUGUGUAUGCAAUGAAAAUACUACGGAAAGCAGAUAUGCUUGAAAAAGAGCAGGUUGGCCACAUUCGAGCAGAACGUGACAUUCUAGUGGAGGCAGACAGUUUGUGGGUUGUAAAAAUGUUCUAUAGUUUCCAGGAUAAGCUGAACCUCUACUUAAUUAUGGAGUUUCUGCCUGGAGGUGAUAUGAUGACAUUAUUGAUGAAAAAAGAUACCCUAACAGAAGAAGAAACUCAGUUUUAUAUAGCAGAGACUGUGCUGGCUAUAGAUUCAAUUCAUCAGCUGGGUUUUAUUCAUCGUGAUAUCAAGCCAGAUAAUCUCCUGUUAGACAGUAAGGGCCAUGUGAAACUAUCCGACUUUGGUCUCUGCACUGGACUUAAGAAAGCACACAGAACAGAGUUCUAUAGAAAUUUGAGCCACAAUCUUCCUAGUGACUUCACUUUUCAGAAUAUGAACUCCAAAAGGAAAGCAGAAACUUGGAAAAGAAACAGGCGGCAGCUGGCCUUCUCUACAGUGGGAACUCCAGAUUACAUUGCUCCAGAGGUCUUUAUGCAGACAGGCUACAAUAAGCUUUGUGACUGGUGGUCACUUGGGGUCAUCAUGUAUGAGAUGCUAAUUGGUUACCCUCCUUUCUGUUCAGAGACUCCUCAAGAAACUUACAAAAAGGUGAUGAAUUGGAAAGAGACCCUAAUAUUCCCUCCAGAAGUUCCAAUCUCAGAGAGAGCCAAGGAUCUUAUUCUAAGAUUUUGCUGUGAAUGGGAGCACCGAAUUGGUGCCCCAGGUGUUGAAGAAAUCAAAACAAACCCCUUUUUUGAAGCCGUUGACUGGGAGCAUAUCAGGGAGAGACCAGCGGCAAUAUCCAUAGAAAUCAAAAGUAUUGACGAUACUUCAAACUUCGAUGAAUUUCCGGAAUCUGAUAUCCUUAAACCAGCAGUGACCACAAGCAACCAUCCAGAGACAGACUACAAGAACAAAGACUGGGUCUUUAUAAAUUAUACCUACAAGCGAUUUGAAGGCCUGACAGCUCGAGGAGCAAUACCUUCAUACAUGAAAGCAGGAAAGUAGUGACUCACAACAAAACUAUUCCUGAACCUUCAUUCUUUCCUGUCAGCACAAGUUUUUUCUCCUAUGCUUCAUAAACUUUAUCUGAGGCCUGUGAACUCUUGAGAAGAGUGCAAAAUAACAUCAUUAUGCACAGUGUUUACAUUUAAAUGGAUUUAUGCAUUGAAAACUUCCACAAAUGGCACUUAUGAGCCUGCCUUUGCAGAUUUUAUUGCAGAAAUAGGUUAUUCUGGCUUUAGUGAAAAUUCCUAAGACUGUUACUUCAAGAAGGAGAGUGCAAGCUUUUAUUUACAUUGUAGAGUAUAACAUAAUUGUGGUUUGGGGUUUUUUUUGUAUCUUCUGUUUUACAAGUGCUGUGCAAAGGUACAGCACAAUUCUAAGGGCUAAGGUAUUGUACAGGAAACAGAGCAAUAACUAGUAUGAGGUAGACCAAAUUCUCAGAAGCUUAUCCUAUAGGAGGGCAAAACCUGUAUUGCCUUAAUUGUCACUAGUGUGUUGUAUACUUAGUUCAAAAGCCUUUUGGAUAGCAAUUUUUUCAACCCAACAAUGGCCUCAAAAGCUGCUGCACUUUACUGUUGGUACUAAAAUAGUAAUCCUAAAGUAUUGAGUUUUUCCCCCUUCUAAACUUCAGAUUUGGGGAACGUUACGCUUUUUUACAAGCAUUGUCAAGAGAGCUAAAGAUGAUUCCUUGUGAGAUUUAUGUAACUGCAUUCUACUUGGUAGUAAGAGAGAAAUCACUGUUAAUAGCAUUAUUAGGAUACCAUAGUUAAUACUGUGAAAGGAGCCCUGCUUUUUCAGAUUCUUUCCCUACUUCUCACCCUCAAGACUUUGAUUAAUGAAAGCUUAGGAAGUUGCUGCAAGCAGACAGUUGUAAAAUGUAAGUGUUUAGCUAGUGGCGUAAUAUACUUUGGAGCUUUAUCUUUCUGAAGCUUGGACGCAGAGAGCCCUGAAGUGCCUUUUGGGAUAACCUAGGAGUGCUCUACAGGAAGUAAUGGGAUCAUAGUGACUGGUUGUUCAAAGGAUCUACAUGGUGCAGUUCUACGUCUUGGGCUGUUGCCAUUAGGUGGCACUGACCCUCUGAGUGUUCUUGAGAUUCUUAAGGUGGACCCCUGCCCUCUCAGGCUCUGCAUGAUACAUGAGACUGCCAUCAUUUAGUGUAUCUCAUGUAGUUCACUAUAUUGUUCAGAUAACUAUCUUUGAAAUCAUUUGUUCAAGACAAUGUUAAGCUCCAGACUGAGGAUGGGGGCAGGUAACAGUACAGGAGGAGACCUAGUGCAUCUGGAGCCAAAAUGAAGACAGGAAAGCCAGAGGAGGAGACCUAAACAUGAUAGCUUGGGAUGGUCCUUGUACAUCAGGCUAUGUUACGGGGCGAUUUAGUAAAAACAUUAAGCUUUCCUUUAGUAAGGUGCUCUGAUGCCCAAAUAGGCUGAAAGAAGUUGAAGUCCUUUGUUCUUGUACAAAGGUCAGGAUUCAGUUGUAAUUUAGGAGAUAGUCGUCAAAUAUUAUUGUUGUCUCUGCCUUUAGGAGAUCUGAUGAAGCCUGCAAUAUUUCAAUAACAGGUGUCUUAGUCAUUUUCACUGAAUGUGCAUAAUUAUGCAGUAGUUCACUUGUCCUCUGAUGGUUCAUCUGUCCUUAUCAGAUCGGAGUUUUAGCAAAUUAAUUGGAGGGAUUAAUGUGCUAAAACAUUAAAAACUGUUUUAAUAGUGGUUGUUCUCCAAUCUGCACUGUUACACAUACCCCUCACUGGUAGGCAGUCUUAUGUACUGGUUUGGAACCCCCCCCCCCAAAAAAAAAUCAUUAUACCAUGAGUGUUUCCUAUCUUUCUUAGUACUCCUAUAAAUCCAGAUAGAUCCUGGUCCUUAAUUAGUUUUCUAGAUGUGGCAAUGCACAGAAGCUUCAGUAAGAAGGUCACUAAUGAAAUAUUUUGCAUUUAGGCUUUGUCCACAAAAUGUAUCUAGAGAAGAGGCUAUAGGGAGGUAACUCUUAUUCCUGCUUUAAUAUAUCCUCUGUGCCUAGUUUGUAAUUAUUACUGUGCUCCAAUGACGUGUCCUACACAUGGUGGGGCUAGAGUUUUGCUUACUGGUUAGAUAAUGAUGGGUUUAAAGUUAAAUUUCUGGUGCUUGCUGAAUGUUGAAAAUAUGUAGCAUACAUAACUGGUGCUUUAAAAGCCUUUUUUUAAAAAAAGCUGUAGAAGGUCUCAGGAUAACCUGAUUGCCUAGAGAGCUGCCCAGCCAAUAACUUGCACAAAAGGGAAGAAAACAAGAUUCUUGCAUGCCUCUUUGAUGUUUCCUUUUGCAUUAUGACCAUUUAGCAAAGCAUCUCUGUGCCACAGUGUGACAGAUGAGUGCAAGCAUUGUGUGUACGUGAGUAAAUUGAAUUGCAGUACAAGGUGUAAUUUUCUGUCUUCUACUGUUGGGAAUUUUUGAAAGAUUUACUUUGUGUAUUGUAGUGAGAAUGAAUAUAGCAUAUUGUUAUAACUGAGGUCGAAUCCUUGUUCCUGUAGUCUCUGCAGCAGCCAAGAGCAUAGUUGAAUUGCCAGAGGUCACCCAGUGUGCUUAAUUAACACUGCCAGAGCAGUGAAUGAAGGCUCCCCACAAAUAAGGACAUUAUGCAUCAACAAGCUUAUGGAAAUGAGAAUUAAGCAUUUGGGAACUUGGAACAUCAGUCUGUGAACCAUUUUCUUUUGGGGGGGUUAAAAUCAAUGCUGCCCUCUCAUAGCAACAUUAUAACUUGGAUUCCUAUGGUAUUGCUUUUUUAAAAAAAAAACACACAACACUAAAACAGGAGUAUUAACUGAGAAUAUCAUAUAUUGGCUGUUGCAAAUAAUGCUGGCUUCCUUUUAACAAAUUUUUUUAGAGAGCUUCCGCAUGAACUCUGUCACUGCAGUAAAUGUCCUCUUUAAUCAGUUAAGUAUUCUGUUGGCACUAAUUUAGAGAAUUAAGGUUCUCAUUUAACCAAGAUCUGAAACCUGUGUUUAAAUCCUGGUUAAACAGGAAUCCCAAUAAGCCUUAAUGACCAUUGUAAGUGUCAAUGCUUAAUGCCAAUGCUUAACCACAAUUAAUGUGGCAGGGAGUGCACAAUCCACAGGUGGCUGCCAAUCUCAUGUUCCUAGCUCUUGUCACCCUGCAGCAGCCCAUAGUAAAUUCUAGAGAAACUGUUGCCUUUCCGGGGUGGCACAUUUCUUCUUCGAAAGCAGUUGUAGAUCUAGAAGCCAAACAAUUACACAGCUUACUCAUAAUGCAAGUUCGUAUCAUUUUUCUGUUUCCUGUUCUACUGAGGUAUUUAGUAGCGCUGAUGUCUCUCUGGCACAACAAAAAGCUGCAAAAUGCUACAUUUUUGGCGUGUCUGGGUACAGGAGAAAAUUCCUGGCUGAGACUUAAGAUGAGCAAUGCUGCCAGUUGUGUGUGAUUAUUAGCAGAGUAUUGCACUUAGGUACUGCUUAACCAAUGUGCCUGGGUUCCGCCUUAUGGCCGAUUAAAAUUGAUUUUGUAUCUGCAUACAGCUGUAACUACUUGCAGUGUAAAAUUUCAUAUACUUUGUACAUGAUUCUGGGGUUUUGUGUGAAGACCAAUUUUUAUGGAAGUGUCUUUGCAUUCUGAGCUGUUUAAAAUACUUCCUCAAUAAAUGUAGUUUUGCUAA